UCUGCUGCUUUUCCUAAUCCCACCCUCCUCGUAACUGGCUGCGAUAGGGUGCUUUGCCGGAAGACGCCUUUAACGUUCUUGACUGUGAAUGGUCCACUUAGACAUCAGUCGAUAGCGAAUAAGAUACAGCCAAAGCUCAGGAAGCACCGAAUGGUUGUGUGUCUAUGUACCGGGAGCUUUCCUUCUUGCGGGGAAAAGGGCUCCCAUGUGCGAGCCGGAAUGCAAAUUCAGUGUGAGGGAGUACAGGUUUGCAGGAGAGCUUCAGGAGGAGGAGGAGGAGGAAGAAGAAAGAGAUCAGCUAGUGGUGCUUAUUCCUGAGGUCCUUGAUCCCCAAUAUGGCAUGUACGUUUGGCCCUGUGCAGUGGUUCUGGCCCAAUAUGUAUGGUUUCAUAGACGACUAGUCUGCGGCAAGAGAAUUUUGGAGAUUGGAGCAGGUGUGAGUCUUCCUGGGAUAGUGGCAGCAAAAUGUGGAGCAGAAAUUAUAUUGUCAGAUAAUGCAGAAUCCCCUGAGUGUUUGGACAACUGUCGAAGAAGCUGCCAGAUGAAUAACCUCUCAGGAGUAUAUGUCAUAGGACUCACCUGGGGUCAUGUAUCACCCAGUCUAUUGGCCUUACCUCCAGUGGACAUUAUUUUGGCAUCAGACGUUUUUUUCGAACCAGAAGACUUUGAAGAUGUUUUAAGUACAGUGCACUACCUAAUGGAAAAGAAUCCACAUGCUCAGUUCUGGACUACAUAUCAAAUCAGAAGUGCUGACUGGACUAUUGAAGGACUGCUUCACAAAUGGGAAAUGGAAAGCAUCUCUGUGCCCUUGCAAUCCUUUGAGGCCAACAAGGAACAACUGGCAGGCUCUACUCUUCCGGGGAGACAUACUAUUGAAAUGCUGGUCCUCACAACAAAAAAAGCAACCAAGUCAGAUCCUGUUACUGUUUAAGAGAGGUUUGCUUUAAUGUGUUUUAAAAUAAAAGUUAUUUACCUCUAA